UUGAGAAAGAAUUCCGCGUAUGACAGCGUCGUUGACGGGGAAACACCGGUGAUGAGCGUCCUGAGGCCGGACCCACACAGACCAGCCGCCCGGAGACCCGCCGCCAUCACCCCGAACUCCCAGCCGACUGACAGCCGACCCACGGUGGAUGAAGUCCUGGUGCUGAUGCUCUGACUCUGCGCCUCCUCGUCCACCUGAACUAAGAGGACCCAGCGGAGCGGACCUCUGACCCCUCGGCUCUGACGCCAUGGACGUGUUGUGGAUGCUGCGGGUGGACGAGCUGUCCCACGCCCUGGCGAACUUGCCCAUGUUUCCGUACUUUGACGUGGCGCACUACGUCGUGUCCGUCAUGGCUCUGAGAGAGCAGCCAGGAGCUCUGGAGGUGUCCAGAGUUAGCCCCCUGGCCUGCUGGUUCAGCUCCAUGCUCUUCUGUUUUGGCGGAGCUGUCCUGUCUGGGAUCAUGCUGGCCGAGCCCCCCAUAGCGCCUCUCACCAACAGCACCGGCGUUCUGCUUGCCUCGCUCAUCUGGUACCUCUUAUUUUACUGUCCCAUGGACCUGGUGUACAGCUGCACUGCGCGGCUGCCUCUCAGGCUGGUGCUGUCGGGGAUGAAGGAAGUGACCAGGACGUGGAAGGUGCUAGGCGGCGUCACCCAGGCCCACGGCAAAUACAAGGACAGCCUUCUCGUCAUGAUUGCAAUCGGUUGGGCCAAAGGUGCUGGAGGUGGUCUGAUCAGUAACUUUGAGCAGCUCGUUCGAGGCGUGUGGAAACCAGAGACUAAUGAGCUCCUGAAAAUGUCAUACCCCACUAAGAUCACCCUGAUCGGGGCGGUGCUGUUCACUCUGCAGCAGACCGGCUACCUGCCUCUGCAGACGCACCACCUGAUGCUCCUCUACACCGUCUUCACCGUCGUCAACAAGAUGAGGAUGAUGCUGACCGGGUCCAACAUUUCGCCAUUUGCUGGCAUCGAAUCAGUCGUUUACAAGACCCUCUUCUCCGGCCCCUCCCCUUACGCCGCCCUGACUAGCGAGGCGCACAAAGCACGUAUCGAUACCGGCGUGAACAAAAACAUGACGUCGUCCUCCCCCGCCAAAACCAAAGAGUCCAGUGGGAAGCGAGCAGCAGGGAAACGCACCCCGGCUCCACCGGUCAAUGGACAAAGUGAAUCACUGAAAGCCAAAGAGAAAUCAGAGAACGGGGAGACAACAAACAGCAAAAAGACGAAAUAGUCCGCCUCUGCCCCGUGGCACCUUUUCACCACAACGCUGGGCUGUGGAGUCACUUCUGAUUCAGGACUUUCUCUUCUAUUUCUCUUUUUAUUUCCAUUUCAUUUCUUUUACUUUUAACUUAAAGCCAACUGAUGAAGAAAUGACUCCAACAGACCCUGUACCUUAUUCUGGGAUAAUCACCCCAUCCUUAAAACGACUGUGAUAUUUCUGCUGUUGGAUGCGAACAUCACACUGUCCUCGGGCUGAUUGCACACACGCACUACAAAUGUGUAGCUUGAUUUUUUGAAAUCUAUAUUUAUAUGAAAGUAAAUUUUACCUCUGGGAUUUUGAAACAGUGCUGUGUGCCUGCUGAUCUAGGAAUGUCUCCAUCUUUCUGUGUGUAUUCUGCUUAAUGUAAAUGCUUUAUUUCCUACACUGAGGCAAUUUUUAAAAGAGAGAUUUUAUUCUAUGACACUCAGAGAUUUUAUUCUAUUUAUACUAAAUAAGUAUGAUUGAGGCUGAAAGUAUAAGAAGUUUGAAGUUGAACAUUGUUUCUUUGGUGAAUGCUUUGAAUAACAUCUGAAAGCACGACAAUAAACAGGUUUAAACGCAUUAAA